GCGAGCAGAUGUUCCUAUGUAAAUUGGAAGACAAGGAUAUCCCUGCGGUGCCAGCUGACUAAGUUUACGUCCCUUAUGUCGGAGGAGUGCGGGGGAGCAGCGCUGAGCAUGGGCCGGAGCCGCGAGGGCAGCCUGCUUCAGGGAAGCCCCGGGGCAGCGCUGGACGAGGAUUCUUGUUCGUCAGCCCCUCUGUCUCCAGUGUCGUCGUCCUCUCCUCGUUCCAUGCCUUCUUCAGGCCACACACAAGGGAAAAGCGUCUGUAGCAGCUGCGGGAUGGAAAUUGUAGAUAAAUACCUGCUCAAGGUAAAUGACCUGUGCUGGCACGUGCGCUGCCUGUCCUGUAGUGUGUGCCGGACGUCCCUGGGGAGGCAUACCAGCUGCUACAUCAAAGAUAAAGACAUAUUCUGCAAACUUGAUUAUUUUAGGCGAUACGGAACGCGGUGCUCACGUUGCGGCAGACACAUCCAUUCCACAGACUGGGUGAGACGAGCGAAGGGCAAUGUCUACCACUUAGCGUGCUUUGCCUGCUACUCCUGCAAGAGACAGCUUUCCACGGGGGAAGAGUUUGCUCUGGUGGAAGAGAAGGUGCUCUGCCGCGUGCAUUACGACUGUAUGCUGGAUAACCUAAAGAGAGCAGUGGAAAACGGGAAUCGGGUUAGUGUGGAAGGGGCUUUGUUGACAGAGCAGGAUAUUAAUCAACCGAAACCAGCGAAGAGGGCCCGGACAAGUUUCACUGCAGACCAACUGCAAGUUAUGCAAGCACAGUUUGCUCAAGACAACAACCCUGACGCACAAACACUACAAAAGUUGUCAGAAAGGACGGGGCUUAGUCGGCGUGUUAUACAGGUCUGGUUCCAGAAUUGUAGAGCUCGUCACAAGAAGCACGUCAGUCCUACACACUCCUCAACUGCACCAAUCACAGCCAUUCAGUCCUCAAGGCUUUCUCCACCAAUGAUGGAUGAAAUGACCUACUCUGCAUACGUACCUCAAGACGGGCCCAUGCUAACUGCCUUGCACAGCUACAUGGAUGCUCACUCUCCAACGCCUCUUGGUCUUCAGUCGCUCCUGCCUCACUCCAUGGCACAGCUACCUAUAAGUCACGCAUAAACUUCACUUCGGUUUCUUUGUAUUUCCAAGAAUGUAAAUGUUUGGGUGAGAAAACAAAAAAAUCGGGAGUCAUUUGUGUAUAAAAUAGAAUGAAGAUCAUUAGCUAUUUUUAUAACUCCUU